UACAGAUCGUUGUGUAUAAACUUAUCAUGUAGUAAUAGCAGCAAAUGUGCUAUGUAUAUAUGCGUAUAGUAUGCACAUACAUACUUGUGUGCCGUCAACUGCGCAUGCGGGAUAUGAAUUAUUAUACAUGUGUAAACACAAUUAUCGCUGUGUAUAAUACGUACCGAUGAGAUGAGGUUAUGUUUGGUUAUUCCAAACAUGCGAGAUAGACUGGCGUAUGGGCGGAUUAUUGAAGUCCGAGAGUCAUUAAAAAUUCAAAAUCAAACCAAACAUAGGAGUGCAUGAGAGAAGCAGAUCUGAUGUUUACCACAUUUUGGCAUACGUUUACGUUGUGAUUCCGUCUUCUGAGCUCACGCGCGUAUAUUCUGUGUACGAGAUAACUCAAUACAAAGUGAAACAUGGACGAAAUUAAUUACAAAUUAAAAUCAGAAAAUCCUGCUCUGAUAUCACACGUAAUAUCCAAGAUAAUUGAAACAAUCAAGAAGCAAUUGGAGGGCGAAGAAACGGAUAUUUCAAAAAUACCAGAGUUUAAAUUACUUUCAUCAAAAUGCAGCAGCAACGAUUUUAUAGUCAGCACGUCUGCGUGUCAAGCGCUGGUUGUUCUCGUUGAAAUUGGAUUGUGGGAUAUCAAGUCUGCAUUAUCAACCUUUAUGGCAUCUUUAUCUUCCACAUGCACAUCAAAUAUAAAUUAUCAGGCAAUCACUGUGGCUAUAAGUCGACUAUUGAUACUGGAUUGGAAAGCGUCAAAUGAAUGUGUUCAAUAUACACUUGAAGCGCCUACUCAACAUCCAUUUAUUACAAUUCUGAGUCACGAAACACGCAGCUGGAAAUAUGUGUUAAAUCAAAUGAAUCUUAUUAUGCAUUAUCAUGACAAAGAUGUCAUGGAACAAAGCACUGAGCUGUUACGACCGGUAUUUCUGUACAUAUUGUGCAAUCCUUCCAUGGAUUUGAGCGAGAGUUUUAGACAGGAGGCGUGGCAACUAAUAAUCAAAUCUAAUCGCACAUUUGAUUUGCAGACAGAGAUAUUACUCUGGUUGUGUACAAAUCGUGUAGAAGUUUGCGUCGACGCAAAUUGUCGAGUGCUCGAGCUCGCAAAGUUGUCGUUGCUGAAGGGAAACAAAAAAUAUUACACGACAUUGAUACCUCUAAUUGCGUCUUUGACGAUACAGCUUUUAGAAUAUGGACACGAACCAGUGCAAAACUUUUGCACCAUAUUAGAUUUGAUUGGCGACUGUGAUAAUUAUAUAGGAAAUAUCACGAUAGUGCUGAUGACGGAAAUAAUCUUGAUAUGUCCGGCGGCAUACUUAUUUAAUGCCAUUAAGAUAUGUACAAUUAUCGUGGACAAAAUGCCGUGCAACGUAAUAUUAUUGAACGCGUUGGCAGCUGCUUUGUUAAAAUGGUUGGCUUAUCCGUCAUUGCUAUGCUCCGAUGCACUAAUAUUAGCAAAAGAAUUGGUACUUGGGACAAUGGUAGAAAAAAAAGUGAACAAGGAUGACGAUAUUUAUUCAAACAAAACCCUACGUAUAUUCAGCUGCAGCAAUAGAUAUAUCCAGUGUUAUACAGAACUUAUCUGCAAUCUGUACUCACUAGAAGAGAACAUUUUGUCGUGGUUGGAGGACUUGUCGCUUGCACCGAUCGAUGUGCGAUACAUGUGCAAACUAAUUCUGUGCGGAAUUUUUCUGAACUACGAUGAGCCUAUUGUCGUGCAGAAAACUUGCCACAUCCUUGUGCAAAUAGCAAUGGAAAUUAAUUCUUUUGCGUCGCACGUGCUAUCCUUGCUGUUGCACAAAUUAACGAGAUCUCACGACAGCUCCACGUUGAAGAUUUUGCUGCUGGCUGUCCCAAAAUUCGCUAUGUUUAAGGAAAAUCUGCCGAUUGUUAUUCACACGUUGGAUACUCUGUUGAAUAGUGGCAAGCCAUUGAAAUAUUUUGCGAUUGAACUCUACGUAAAAGCGUUGGAGAAAGAAUCGCGUUGCUUUCGCUUCCUGUCCGCUGCCCUGAUGGAUAUCAUGGAGAAUGAUUGCAACUGGCAUUCAGACGUGACGUGCGUUCGGGCGAUUAGAUAUAUUUGCGAGAAUCGCCCCGAGCACAGUGAAGAAUUUGUACCAUUGCUGUCGCAAAUUUUCAAUCGGUGUUCCGAUCAGAAUGGCGGUGCAGCUACCGCGCUCGCACUCAACAGCAUUGCGGCUUUGUGCAGGGCUACGGUAAUAGGCAUCUACUCAACCUGGAAGGUGUUAGCGCCGAAAAUGCGCAAGGAGAAGCGCACAGUGGUUUUAGAAAGUCUGUGUGAGCUAUUUGGUGAGAUCCCAUCAUAUCCUUUUCGUACCAACGAUGAUUAUGAACAAUUCAUCGUUGAUAUCGUAACGCAUUUGUGGCGCUACACAAUUUGCGAAGACGUGAAAAUUGCGGAAGUGGCGUUUAAAGCGUUGAAGUCCUACCACUUGGAACGAGUUCCUCUAAGCGCUUUGCCGUCGGUUUUUCGAUCGGACGUCGUGAUUCCUCGAGUGCCGGAGAAGAUAGCUGAAAAUGCUAAGUCAGAGGAUAUGCAAUAUAUACCGGGCGCUUGUUGGAUUCAGAUGUUGAAAAAAGUGAAUAAAAACGUCUUGUCAGCUGCCGGAGAUCUUCUGAUUGUUUACAUCGAGAAUGAAUUGAGCAACUAUAGGUCACAAAUAUACAAGUGGCCCAGAGGAGAGCCUCAAAAUUAUAAAUAUCUGUCGGAAAAAAGUGUGAUAAGAGCCGUCGGUGAGCACUUGAGGCGAAGUGACAAAAUGGAUUCAAGUAAUCGAAGAAUAUUAGUAGAAUGUCUGCGUAUAUUGGCUUAUAAAUACAAAAAACCGUUACCAAAUAUAAACUGGGAUUUUUUGAAGGAGACUAUGAAUAUAUCGAAAGAGGCUAAGGAAUAUAGUCUUUCUAUCGCGAGCCAUCACUCUCAGAUCUCGCAGUCGGCAAAAUUAUUGACAGAAAGUAUUCUGUCAAUGUACACAUCUACGUCAGAAGUCGGUCAAUUGUUAGUGAAUGAAAAACACUUAAUACUUUAUUCGAAUUUGGACGAGUUGUGCCAAGCCAUUCGGCCGAGUGAUCUGAGAGCGUUUCUUAAGACCUCUCUUAAUUACGUCGUUAACGAAAAUUUACUCAAAGAUGAAAAAUCGAUCGAUUUGUUCAAUCGUAUUAUGUCUUCGUAUAUCGCCGCUUUGAAGAGCGAUGCGAUACAAGUAGGAAAUCGAACGUUGUUGUCCAAUAUGUUGGAAGAAAUAUUGGGGACAGCUGAUUUGACGUCCGAACGUUUUGAAAAAUACGUGGCAGCUGUGACGGAAUUGUCAGUUAAAGACAUUGAAAGAAUGACAUCGCCUAGCAUCUGGUGGGAAGCGACGCCGGAAAAAUUGAAGAAUGCCAUCACCAUUAGAGCCUCGUUAAUAUUUAGGAUAGAUGCUGGAACGUCACUCAUUUGGUUGUUGAACGAACUUAUCGAUGUAGUUGCAUCUAAUAUUGAAAUGCAAAAACACAUGCUAAAAUGUAUACAAAAAGUUCAGAUUGAUAUGAGGUCGGGUAAAUCGUGCGAUUUUGGGUCGCAAAAAGACUGGAUUCUGGAUUUUAUGAGAUAUAUCGAUACGCUUAUGAUGGAACAAGAAAAAGAUAAAAAUAUAAUAUUUUGCUGUGAUAUUCUAUUCCUCACAGUUAUUUGUUUUUCCGGCAUAGAUUGUUUGUUGUCGAAGAAAGAAUUGGUAAUUACUUCGCGAGAUGUUAGAACACGAUUGUUCCCACAGGCAAUCUGUAUACUUGCCGACAGACAAAUUUGGAAGUCCAUAACUCGUCAGAUUAUGAAGUGGCUGAAUCACAUGAGAACCAGUUCUGUACCUGAUGUAUAUAUACUUGCAUUUCAAAGCGCAUUGAUUUUAUUAAAAUACGAAGAAGAUUAUAACUCACAAUGGACAAAUUAUUUAUCAGUUAAAACUUGUAUUAAUAUAUAAAAAAAAAAAAAACAUUGAGCUGUCAUUUUGCACUUGGAUGGACGCUCAUUCGCGGACUUUUAAUUAACAUCUCGUUAAUUAUUGCGAAUCUUACAAAGAGAUAUGAGACUUUAACUUACAAGAAUAACCCCUUCUACCUGCUUACGAGCGAUGUUCCGUCAAUUAUCGGA